UGCAAGAUAGAAGCCACAGGCUUGGAGAAUGAUUUUUUAUUCCAUAUCCAAGUAUCAUGGCCAAAGUGUUGCUAAUUUUGUGGCUUGCUAUUUAAGCUUUAUACAGGCUGCAAAUCUCCAGGCCUAAUUCUUAACUGCAUUAAAAUAUAUAAUAGUUGCAUUAUUUACUUUGAGUUCAAUAGGAAGUGUUGGUUCAAAUUUGCAAUAAAACUUCAUAGCGUAAAAAGCCAUGACUUCCUUCUGGUUAAUAAUGAAUUAUUUUAAAGUCUCUGAUUAUUACGGUUAUGUAUAUCUUCUUUGCAUCGUUGUUACGGCAUCACAACAAUGUGAAGCACACCUCACGUCUGAGCCCAUGCUCGAGGUUGAACGUCUGGCCAUGAAGGAAGAAGCAAGAGAAAUGUUCUACCAUGCAUAUAACGCAUACAUGGCCAAUGCCUACCCUGCCGAUGAACUGCUGCCGCUGUCGUGUGCUGGACGGUACAGGGGAGUCAUGCCAUCCCGGGGAGACAUCGAUGAUGUGCUGGGCAACUUCUCGCUGACGCUGGUGGACGCCCUGGACACUCUGGCGGUGCUGGGGGACAUUGAGGAGUUCGAGAGGGCGGCGCGUCUCAUCGUCCGCGACGUGAGCUUCGACACGGACGUCGUCGUGUCCGUCUUCGAGACCAACAUCCGCAUACUGGGCGGUCUGCUCAGCGGACAUGUGCUCGCUGAGCUCUUCCAGCAGCUGUAUGGCGCGAUGCCGUGGUACCAGGGCGAGCUGCUGACCAUGGCCCAGGACCUGGGCGACCGUCUGCUGCCGGCCUUCAACACCUCCACUGGAGUGCCCUUCCCUAGGGUGAACCUCCGACACGGCAUGAACGCCCCAGAGCUGGGGGGCGCGCGGGACACGUGCACGUCGUGUGCAGGGACGAUGAUCCUGGAGUUCGCGACGCUGUCACGUCUCACGGGCGACGGCGUCUACGAGGAGAAGGCGCGUCGCACGCUCGACUACCUCUGGGGCCAACGCCACCGCUCCACCGACCUCGUCGGCACCGUCCUCAACGUCCACUCAGGCGACUGGGUGCGGCGGGAGAGCGGCGUGGGUGCUGGCAUAGACUCCUACUACGAGUAUCUGCUGAAGGCGCACAUCCUUCUGGGCGACAGCGACUACCUGCACAGGUUCAACAAGCACUACUCUGCCGUGAUGAAGUACGUCAGUCAAGGCCCCAUGCUGCUAGACGUACACAUGCACCGGCCCCACACCACCACACGCAACUACAUGGACGCCUUCCUGGCCUUCUGGCCCGGUCUGCAGGUGCUGAAGGGAGACAUUAAGCCUGCCAUUGAGACACACGAGAUGCUCUACCAGGUGACGCAGCGCCACCACUUCCUGCCUGAGGCCUUCACUACUGACUUCCAGGUGCACUGGGGGCAGCACCCACUGCGUCCAGAGUUCGUAGAGUCGACGUACCUGCUGCACGAGGCGACGGGUGACCCUUACUACCUGAGGGUGGGACAAGAGGCGCUGCGCUCCCUGCAGAAGCGCGCAUGGGUGCCUUGUGGCUACGCCGCCGUCAAGGACGUGCGCACGGGCGCCCACGAGGACAGGAUGGACUCCUUCGUGCUCUCCGAAACAUUCAAGUAUCUUUACCUGCUCUUCUCGAAGCCCCACGAGCUGCCCUUCAAUAUGGACAACUUCGUGCUGACCACCGAGGCUCAUCUACUGCCGCUGUCCCUCGCUCGAGCCUCUGUCGCGUCCGUCCCACGGAAUUCAUCAUCCCCACCCCUGCUGGAGGUCGAGGAUCCUCCUGUAGAUGACGCGGAUGGGGAGUUUUCGCACUCGUGCCCUAACGCUCACUCCCUGUACCCCGGCGAGCAGAAGUUUGCAGAGAGCAUAAGGAAGCCGCUCAAGAACUACGUGGACUCGGUGUGUCCCAGCCGCGGCCGCCACGCCGCCAAGAGGAAACUGCGAGCUUCAGAGUUCAGGGCGGGCGACAGCGACCAGCUGCAGCUGCUCGCUGACAUGGGCAUCAAGAUUGUUGAGCUGCCGGGGGGCAAAGUGCAGCUCCUGCAGACUUCUGCUCAUGCGCUGAGCCGCGACGACGCUGAGGAAGGAGUGCUGUUCAUGCAGGAAAUGAUCGACCUAAGCAACACUCAGCAAGCACAGCCAGACCAUCCCCCCAGACUGGUCACCUUCGCUUACUGUGCUGACGAAGGUAGCAACUCUGACGUGGACAGUGCGGCAUCGGACAAGAUAACUUCUGCAGCUGAUGCUGAGGUUGAUGCUGAGUCUUGUGCCCUUGAAGCGGAGGCUGUUGCUGCUGUAACGGAGACUGGUCCAGCAGCAGCGGAGACAGUUGCAGCUGCAUUGGAAGUUGAUGCAGCUGCAACUGAGGCUGAAUCUUGUGCCCUUGAAGCAGAGGCUGGUGCAGCUGCAGCGGAGGCUGAUGGAGAUGCAGCUGCUGCACAGGCUGUUGGAGAUACAUCUGAGGCUGGUGGAGCUGCAGCGAAGGCUGGUGGAGAUGUUGCUGAGGCAGAGUCUUGUGCAGCUGCUGUGGAGGCUGGUGGAGAUACAGCUGAGGCUGGUGGAGAUACAGCUGAGGCUGGUGCAGCUGCAGCAGAAGAUAUACCAGCUGCCGUGUCACGCUUGGACAGCAUUUUAGUGCAAAGCAUCAUCGCUGGUCCUGCUCAGUUCGGGCUGCAGCUGGAGGGCGACACGAUGGUGGAGGGCGAGGUGCUGGUGGCUGCUCCGUUCCGCGCAUGCGGCGCUCUGGAAAACGGCCACCUCGCCAAGGGCAAGAUCGUGGUGGUCGAGCGCGGCGACUGCCUCUUCGUUGAUAAGGCGCGCGUGCUGCAAGGUUCGGGCGCCGUGGGUGGCAUUGUCGUGGACAACGCUGAGCUUGCCGCGCCUGACGAGGGCGGCCAGGCUGACGAGGAGCUGCCUAUGUUCGCCAUGUCGGGGGACAGCGCCUCGGAGGACGUGACCAUCCCUCUGGUGUUCGUGUACCGCCGGCCAGCGCAGCAACUCCUGCGUGCCGCCGCUGCGCCGGGCCACCUCACCGCCGUGCUGUCCGAUGGCGCUAAGCGGAGCAGAGACACGGACAGUCUCAUUGUGUCUCUGGGCGACAUCGCGGCGUCACGUGACACUCACACGCCGGUGGUGCAGGCGCUGCUGCGGGCGCGAGCCAAGACCCACGAAGGCCUCCUGCAGCAGCAGGACCUGGGGCUCCCUCAAGUCCCCAGCUCUGGUGGUGGUGGUGCCCUUGGUCUCUGCUCGGACGACCUCGUCACAGUCAUCGGCACUGCCGACACGCUGGCGGAGGGCUCAGCUUCCCUGCUGGAGGGGUCGGCGGGGGUGGGUCGCUGGGAGGCGGCGCUCCUCGAGGCGCGGUCUGCUGACGACCUCAUCGCUGCGCUGGGGGAGAUCGUGCGCCACCACAGGCCUGAGGGCGGAGGCGCUGCUGGGGGCGAGGGCGAUGGAGCGGAGAAUGUCAGCACCCAGUGGCUCCUGCAGAGAAUACAACACCUGCUGAGCCAGAAGGGACGCCGCAGCCCUCAGCUGCUGCGCGUGCUGCUGUCGUCGCACGUGACGCCCCUCCUCGCCGUGCUGGACCAGGCGGCCGCUGACGAGGACGACAGAACGCGGCCACUGGCUGCCAUCGUGGGGCAGCUCAUACACAUCCUAGGGGCCUCUAGUGCUGGUGAUGGUCAGCAACUGGCCGCCCUAGACGCCUCUAGUGCUGGUGAUGGCCAGCAACUGGCCGGCUUAGAUGCCUCUGGUGCUGGUGAUGGCCAGCAACUGGCCGGCCUAGACGCCUCUGGUGCUGGUGAUGGCCAGCAACUGGCCGGCCUAGACGCCUCUAGUGCUGACCAGCAACACAGUGAAUUUAUUACUAGAGAAGCUAGUGUAGAUUUAUUAAGUGACUCAUGUCAUAGUGAAGACAACUUAAGAGAAGAAGAUAGAAACGAGCAGCCACCUGGGCAGGCUGCUGCACCUGCAGAUAUAAGUGUGGCAUCAGACUCCGAAGAUAAAUUCCCGUCGCAAGAUGCAGACGGAAAAAAGCCCCCACAAGAACUUGACAAAGAAAGACAAGCAAGGCAGUCGUUACCACAACCGCCCCCUCUACGGAGUCCAGACGACAGGGACGCUCGGGACGAGUUGUGAUAAUGAGCCUGGCUGGUCCCUUCACGCUAGUUGGGUCCUGUCCCAUCGUUGCGGUCUAGUGGGAACGCUGUCCAGGGACGGAGUUCUUUAUUCUGUAAAAUGAAUGUUUGAUAAUAAAGAUGUGUGUCUUCGACUGGUCAGUUGUACAAGGAAAUUGCGAGUGUGGCUUUGACUUUUGAUAUGGCCAAACUGCAGUGACUUUUGAUACAUGGCCAAACUGCCGUGAAUUCGAUAUGGCCACAGUGCCGUGACUUUUGAUAUGGCCAAACUGCAGUUAGUUUCGAUAUGGCCAAAGUGAAGGCUUGUCUUGCAGGCGCUCGGUUAUCCUGCGUCUUCAGUAAGAUAAUGUUAUUUUUUUAGACAAUCGCCAACGCAGGACAAAAAACAUUCUCUGAUCAACUCUCACCAGUGAUCAGGACAAGUGCCGCUAGUAUCUUAUUGAACUUUAUACUGGAAUUUUGUUACAGAAAAAACAGAAUUGUUAUGAGUUAUGAGAGGUUGGAAUAUGAUGGCACUCCAGUGACUUGAUGUUCUGCUUGGGCUGCUUGCAUGUCCUCUCAGAUUUGAUUGCACUGUCCUGAGUUAAUUUUUGUUCGUUAUAAUCAAAGAAAGUCUAGUUUCUUCUGUGUUACGCGUGGCUUGUGUGUUGUGUAUUCCGUGUGUUGUUUUGCCUCUCCAGGCUAUGAGCUGUCAUUUUAUUUAGAAUUCACUCGUGAGUAUUGAUCAUGUGUGACGAGUUAUCUGCACCAUAGCUUGUUAUCUUGCAGCGAACAGGGCUCUCAUUGUGAAAUUUAGCUCAUUCUCAACUGAAGGAAAUUGUAGGGGCUGCACCAUGUUGGCCUCCCAGUGAGAGACGACGUGCUGACACGUGCUUGCCAAAUGAGCGUCAUGGAGGGCAAGGGAUUUACUUUAGGGACUACAUUUCAGUGGUUACAGCGUUAGUACAGUGGUAACGCGCUGUCGCUUGUUACACGUGUUACUUGGAGGAAAGGUGAGGCCUGCUGUCCUGCUAGUGUGGCAGGCCUGUGACGUGCUCACUGCCAUGAGUGUCCUGCACGUCAUUAGAGUGCAGGGCUUCAACAUAAUUGUUUUUUGAUGAUCGCUCCGGGCAAAGCGGGUUCUGGAAACGUUUUCAUUCUAAACGUUUCAAUUACUUGUGCAAUAACCUGAAUAAUAAUAUAAGAUUUCUUAAUGUAUAUAGUAUGGAUUUCUGAGAAGCGAAGUGUCCGCGCUCUCUGGAUGCGUUGCGCUGGCUGUUGAAGUUCAGCCGCGCUGAGAGAGACCUGUGAUAUUUUAAGAUAGUUCAAUAGGUAGAUUGUUUUACUAAGAUCUAAAUGUUCUGAAACUCUAUGCACUUCAGUCGCUAGCAAAGCUAACCAAAUGCUCGCAUCCUAACCUCUGCGCUGGUGCGUUAGUUUGAACGCGUUGCGUGGUCGCUUCGUACGACAUGCGACCGAGUCUGGCUCGAGCAGCACAAAACAGUGCAUGCCGGUGUUGUGUUGUGCUCGAACUGUUCUGGUUCAAGUUGUUGGAUGGACUGGUUGUUGGGUUAAACUUUAGUUAUUUCCUUGUAUCUUAUUAACCAAAUUGCUCAGUAUUCGAAAUCACCAUGUCUGGUUUUGUUUGAUUCAGCAAAGUUUUUUCAUUUUAAAAUCAUUGACGGCAAACAUCGGUUAUGUAUUUCCGAUACUUAGACAAAUUAUUAUGUGAACUUACUGAUGUUUUAUUAAUGCUUUUAGACCAUUUUUGUGAGCUUACUACGCCUUUCAGACCGAUACGUGAGACGCACGGUAAGUCACGGUCUCGACUGGCUGUCGAGACCGUGACGGUCUCGACUUCAUUUGACGGUCUCGACUUCAUUUGACGGUCUCGACUUCAUCACGGUCUCGACUUCAUUUACAUUAAUGAAUUCUUCAAAAUCGUUAUAUCCUUAACGACAUAUUCUUAUAAGCACUGAAUUUCCUCUGGGUCCUCUGCUGCUUGUGUUUGUAAAUCGACUACACGUUAUUGUUUUGCCUUCUAUUAUUUAUAUGCAAUUACUUAUGCUUUGGAGAAAUAAUUUGUAUUUAAUGCGACCAAACAAUAUUUGUUGUUCAUUAACAUCCUGCUCAUGUUAUGCUCAUCUCUACCGUGCUUCGUGCGAUGGGAUUAAGCAGACAAAAUAAUAUAUUUUCGUGUUUCUUUCACCUCCCAUUUGCACGUUUGAUCUUUACUUCUAACGCUGACGCAAUGAGAUUGUAGUCUUCAUUUUGUUUCCAUUGCGCUUCUCAUUUUUUGCCGAUUUCUACGAAUAUUUAAUUCUUCGAUACCUGAAAACUCGUGGGUUUUAAAGAAUAUUUGUUGAAGGAAUUCCGUUUGAGAGUAACAUGAUAUUUGACGAA